AUGGCUGUAAAUUUUAAUGACCCAGCCUGUGGCUUCUUUCAGCGAGAGGUUGUAGAUUUCAUAAAUAACCAAAUAUAUCGAAAUGGAGUUAGUCAGUACUUCCACAUGAUGCAGAUGUGUGAGUCCUGGGGUGAUAUGGAAGAGAAGCUGCGGGACAUCCUGACUGACUCAGCAAUAUCGAGAGACAUCAAGGAGGCUUGUGCCUGGGGCACCCUGGCCCUCGUAGUGCGCUUCGCAAGGAGGCAGAAGAAGGAGGAUAGAGAAAAGGUAAAAAUGCUCCAGGAUCAGCUCGAGGAGCAGAAGCUGUUCACUCAUGCUUUGGUAGGGGUGGUGAAUAGACUCAGGGCUAAGCAAAAAAGAGAAAAAGAAAAUGCCCAGUUCCAACUUCAGCAAAGUCUCACACUCCUUCAUGGAGUGGAGGAAGAGCGAAAUUUACUCAGGAAUGCACUUCUUCGGGUGUUAAGCAGUCAGUCUCAGAAGCAGGAAAGAACUGAGGAAUUGGAGAAGGGAAAGGAGACACAGACAUUAGGCACUCUUGCUUUUGCUCGUGAGGCAGCAAGUUAUCGGACAAGGGAGAAGGCAGUGAAGGGAGCAGGCCAGGAGACUGCGGCUACUCGGGAGACUACAGCUAUAGUGGGAGAGGCAAAGGAGGGGAAAGUGAUUUCUGUGUGGGGGAGUGACCAGGAAUUACCUGUUUUUCCUUGCUCUGACGUCCUGGGAGCCUGGCCCCAGGCUGGUCAACUGCUACAUCUUAGUCUCUCCAAAUCCUCUUACUCAUUCCUACCUACAUUUUCUCUCCCAAGAGCAGCAGCAGAAGCUGCAACAGUUCCUUUUAUGAAAAAUUCCCUAACUAGCUGGAAGGGUAAGCAUCUCCAUACCAGGAAGUUCUUGCCAGAAAGGUUUAAGCAACAUCCUGGCCUCUCUCGCUCUGCAAAAGGUACCAUCAGGCGCAGAGUGGGGGACUGGGACUGUGGCCAGUGUUGCUCGGUGAAUUACUCAUGGCGAAAGAUGUGUUUUAAAUGUAAAAAAUCCCGGUACCCAGAGGAACGUCGAGGCUCUGCCCCCAAUUAG